AUGGGCUUCAGCUGGGACCCGCCCACUGUCCAGGGCAACAUUCUCCCCAACUCGCCCAUCAACUGCACCAAAGGCGUGUUGACCUUCAGCGUCUCGGAGCCUCAGAACGUCAAGGAGGGCAAGCUCAUGAAGUUCCGCCUGGACACGGUCAAUCCUGUGGAGACUCCGCACGUGAUGGAGAACAACUGGAUCGUGAGCCACCUGGAAGCGGACGGGGGCAUCAUGGCUACGGAGGCGCUCGCGGGCUGGGACAUCGUCUCGCAGCUCCACGAGGUGGACAUCCUUCUAGUCGGCGAGAGCAAGGCUCGUGUGGCGCUCCUGGCCUGCUCGAUGAUCUCCACGUCGCGCUACGGGCUGUGGUCCUUGCCGCGCAAGUGA